AUGCUUUCAAUAGAAAAAGAAAAUUCAAGAGUUGCUACAACUAAACCAUUAGAUGAACUUUUUACGAAUGUCGGUCAAAAGUUUGAGACAGAGACCGUAAAGCAUGAAGGCUAUCGUUUUGACUACCCACUUAGAUGGUUAAGAGACCCAUCCGUCACAAAAGCUAUUGGCUUUCGUAGAAUGAAGUUCAUUUCAGAAGCCAUACAUGGUUUCCCAUUUACGGUCGCUUUUGAAGUUCGAUACUAUAACAAAGAAAAACGUACGUAUGAGAAAUUUGAACAGGGAAAACUUUUACAAGUGAAUUUGCUUGUAAACUUAGAAACAACUCUUCAAGCUUUUCAAGAAAAAAUAAACGAUAUCUAUCUCGAAUAUGCAAAACAGUACAACAUUGACGAAGGAGAGUACCAUCUCGAUAUUAUAUAUGACAGGAAAAAUGCAACUGUUAAAUUCAAUAGAAUAGAAGACCUUGGAGAAGACGUUUAUAUUUCUACAAAAUAUAACAACUUGGCAUGGUAUAGAUUUUUGAGGAUGUUAAAUCAGCCUGCAGAAUAUCCA